GCAACGUCACACAGCGGCAUGACUAUAAAAAUGAGAAGCACAAUCCAAACCCCACUCCUCCCUCACAUCCUCGCUCUCUUUCACCCUGUUUUCCAUCUGAGGAGUCAAGGGUUCAGAGAGUGUCAGAUAGCUGAGAGUGAGAGGACGGAUGCUGAUUUUCAUUACUUCUGCAAUUACCUGACAGCACUUUAUCUUUCCUAAACACUCUGCUCCGUGCUGCUUUCACUUGAUGUCGGGACUAUUUUUCAAUUUGUGCCUGAUGCUCCAACGUUCAUAGAGCUUCAAGACAACAGAAAUUGAAGUACUGCGGUAUCAUGACUAGGAAGGUGUUCACCAACACACGCGAGCGCUGGCGCCAAUAUAAUGUCAACACAGCUUUCUCAGAGCUGCGGAAACUCAUCCCCACACACCCGCCCGAGAAAAAGCUCAGCAAGAAUGAGAUCCUGCGGCUGGCCAUGCGCUACAUCAAUUUCUUGGUGACUCUGCUGGAGAGCCAAGGCGAAGAGCCAUCAGCUCACUCGCAAGCCGCGCUCCUCACGCUGAUCACAGGGAACAUGCAGAAGCUGCGCACCGACCGCACCUGGACCAGCGACACCGACCCGCCCUCGCCCGGGUCCAGCUGCGACAGUUCAGAAGCCUGGUAGAAUGAAGGCGAAAGUGAGAGGAUUCUGUGAUUGUGAUGUUUUUGAAAGUUCCAUCGCCACGGAGGGACAAAGCUGGAUUUUUGGAACUCGGAAUGUUUGCUAUGACAUCACAAUCACUCAUUUCAGCCAAGCUGUUUGGAAACGAAUGAUCUUUGGAAACCCAGAAACACUUUAUUCACCAGUACUGCUGUAAUUGAGCAGGAACCCCGAACAACAUAUGCAUGGUCAAGGAUGCACUUUGGAAGCAUCUAACUGAUACUUCGUAGUAUUAAUGUAAUUUAAUUUCCUUGACUGAAUUAACGCUCAAGAAUGUUUUGUUUGAGAUUGAAGGCGACCUCAGAAUUGAAACUGUAAUUUAUUUGAUCGUAUUUAAUUGUUUAUUUAAUAUUUAUGCUUUCAAUGGAUUCAGCACAUGCGGCUAGUUGUACA